GCAACUGAGACCUCACGAGAGCUGUGCGUGAGUAAUAUGGCGGAAGGUUGGUAAACAAACUAAACACGACUCAGUUAAGGUAUAAAAAACUGAAAUAUAUUAUUAUUACUAUUAUUUUCAUAAAUACUAAUCUUUGCAUCCUUUUUUUUACAAUCAAACAAACUGGACGGGGAAGCCUUGGAGAAUCUGGAGUGUUAUCUGGACGCGUGUUUCGAUAAAUUCGUAAUGGGCAAGAAAAAAAAAACCACUGCCUUAAACACGGCCACACCAGUGAGUAAACGCACGCGUUCAGAGAGCUCGGCCAGUACCUCCACUGCUUCUCCAGAAAAAAGCUUCACGGAGGUUCUGGACUCCAUUGAUAAAAAGCUAACUAGCUUAGAUGCCCGACUCGCCCUGGUAGAAGUUCUUCACAGGGAGUUCCAGUCCCUGAGAGAGUCCCUGGAGUUUAGCCAGGAGCAGGUAACAACACUCGUGGCAGAGAACAAAACGCUGAGGGACAACAUGAAACAUCUUACCGAGGAGAUGGCGCAGAUGUCCRGAGAAAGCAGGAAAAUGAAGGAAACAAUUCUGGAUAUCCAGGCUCGGGGCAUGCGUGACAAUCUGGUCUUCUCCGGGAUCCCAGAGCGAGCUGAGGAAAACGCUGAAGCCUUGGUCCGGGAUUUCAUUCAACAUCAGCUAAAACUUCCAGACGACACAGUUAAAGACAUCACAUUCCACCGUGUCCACCGACUCGGAGGUAAGCGACCCGGCARCAACAGACCUCGCCCAAUUAUUGCUAAAUUUGAGCAUUUCAAACAGAAAGAGCAGGWGAAAAGCCGAGGCAGAGAGCUGUGUGGUACGGAUUUUAGCGUAAACGACCAGUUUCCCAAAGAAAUCCUGGAUCGGAGGUGCGUGUUAUUCCCAAUCAGGAAGAAAAACAUCAGUGAGGGCGCCAGAGCUACAAUAGCUGUAGAUAAACUUUACAUCAAUGGCCAGCUGUUCAGAGACC